GGCAUUCAGGGAGGACUGGAAUAAUGAUGAGGAGCAAGCCAUUAGCAGAGUUCUUGAAGCUAGCAUAGCAGAAAAUAAAGCGUGUUUGAAGAGGACCCCUACGGAAGUUUGGAGGGAUUCUCGAAACCCUUAUGAUAGAAAAAGGCAGGACAAAGUUCCUGUUGGGCUAAAAAAUGUUGGCAAUACUUGUUGGUUUAGUGCUGUUAUUCAGUCAUUAUUCAAUCUUUUGGAAUUUAGAAGAUUAGUUCUGAAUUAUAAGCCUCCAUCAAAUGCUCAAGAUUUACCCCGAAACCAAAAGGAACAUCGGAAUUUGCCUUUUAUGUGUGAGCUGAGGUAUCUAUUUGCACUUCUUGUUGGUACCAAAAGGAAAUAUGUUGACCCAUCAAGAGCAGUUGAAAUUCUUAAGGAUGCCUUCAAGUCAAAUGACUCACAGCAGCAAGAUGUGAGCGAGUUUACACACAAAUUAUUAGAUUGGUUAGAAGAUGCCUUCCAAAUGAAAGCUGAAGAGGAGACGGAUGAAGAGAAGCCAAAGAACCCUAUGGUAGAGUUGUUCUAUGGAAGAUUCCUAGCUGUGGGAGUGCUUGAAGGUAAAAAAUUUGAAAAUACUGAAAUGUUUGGUCAGUAUCCUCUUCAGGUCAAUGGGUUCAAAGAUCUGCACGAGUGCCUAGAAGCUGCAAUGAUUGAAGGAGAAAUUGAGUCUCUACAUUCAGAGAAUUCAGGAAAAUCAGGCCAAGAGCAUUGGUUUACUGAACUACCACCUGUGUUAACAUUUGAAUUGUCAAGAUUUGAAUUUAAUCAAGCAUUGGGAAGACCAGAAAAAAUUCACAACAAAUUAGAAUUUCCUCAGGUUUUAUAUCUGGACAGAUAUAUGCACAGAAACAGAGAAAUAACAAGAAUUAAGAGGGAAGAGAUCAAAAGACUUAAAGAUUACCUCACAGUAUUACAACAAAGACUAGAAAGAUAUUUAAGCUAUGGUUCAGGUCCCAAGCGAUUCCCUUUGGUGGAUGUUCUGCAGUAUGCAUUGGAAUUUGCCUCAAGUAAACCUGUCUGCACUUCUCCUGUUGAUGACAUCGAUGCUAGUUCCCCACCUAGUGGUUCCACACCAUCACAGACAUCACCAAGCACAACAGAUCUACAGGGAGCUCCUUCUUCAGAACUGCCCAGCACAUCCCCUCCAUCAGUUUCUGCCGUUUCAUCGAGGUCAGUAAUACACAAACCGUUCACUCAGUCUCGGAUACCUCCAGAUUUGCCUAUGCAUCCAGCACCAAGGCACAUAACAGAAGAAGAACUUUCUGUGCUGGAAAGCUGUUUACAUCGCUGGAGGACAGAAAUAGAAAAUGACACAAGAGAUUUGCAGGAAAGCAUAUCCAGAAUCCAUAGAACAAUUGAACUGAUGUACUCUGACAAAUCCAUGAUACAAGUUCCUUAUCGCUUACAUGCUGUUUUAGUUCAUGAAGGCCAAGCUAAUGCUGGGCACUACUGGGCAUACAUUUUUGAUCAUCGUGAAAGCAGAUGGAUGAAGUACAAUGAUAUUGCUGUGACAAAAUCCUCAUGGGAAGAACUAGUGAGGGACUCUUUUGGUGGUUAUAGAAAUGCCAGUGCAUACUGUUUAAUGUAUAUAAAUGAUAAGGCACAAUUCUUAAUUCAAGAGGAGUUUAAUAAAGAAACUGGGCAGGCACUUGUUGGAAUAGAAACAUUACCACCAGAUUUGAGAGAUUUUGUUGAAGAAGACAACCAGCGAUUUGAAAAAGAACUCGAGGAGUGGGAUGCACAACUUGCCCAGAAAGCUUUGCAAGAAAAGCUUUUAGCAUCUCAGAAACUGAGGGAGUCUGAGUCUUCUGUGACAACAGCACAAGCAGGAGAACCAGAAUAUCUAGAGCAGCCAUCAAGAAGUGAUUUCUCAAAGCACUUGAAAGAAGAAACAAUUCGAAUAAUUACCAAGGCAUCACAUGAGCAUGAAGAUAAAAGUCCUGAAACAGUUUUGCAGUCGAAAACUGAAAAUACCACAAGCCAACCACCUUCUAGCCAGCGAGUUGUAGAGGUGGCGAUUCCUCACGUAGGGAAAUUCAUGAUUGAAUCAAAGGAGGGGGGGUAUGAUGAUGAGAUGUACAGGUUGUACAGAUGUGCAGAAGUCUCUAGCCAAGGGGAAGAAGUGGGACUAAAUAUCAUGAUGACACCGAACAUGCAAGGUAUUAUAAUGGCAAUAGGUAAAUCCAGGAAUGUAUAUGACAGGUGUGGUCCUGAAGCAGGGUUCUUUAAGGCAAUUAAGUUGGAGUAUUCAAGGUUGGUUAAGUUGGCCCAAGAAGACACCCCCCCAGAAACAGAUUAUCGCCUGCAUCACGUAGUGGUCUACUUCAUCCAGAACCAGGCUCCAAAGAAGAUCAUUGAGAAAACAUUGCUGGAACAAUUUGGAGAUAGAAAUCUGAGUUUUGAUGAAAGGUGUCACAACAUAAUGAAAGUCGCUCAAGCCAAACUAGAAAUGAUAAAACCUGAAGAAGUGAACUUGGAGGAAUAUGAGGAGUGGCAUCAGGAUUAUAAAAAAUUUAGGGAAACAACUAUGUAUCUUAUAAUUGGACUAGAAAAUUUUCAAAGAGAAAGUUAUAUAGAUUCCUUGCUGUUCCUUAUCUGUGCUUAUCAGAAUAACAAAGAACUCUUGUCUAAAGGCCCAUACAGAGGACAUGAUGAAGAGUUAAUAUCACAUUAUAGAAGAGAAUGUUUACUAAAAUUAAACGAGCAAGCUGCAGAACUAUUUGAAUCUGGAGAGGAUCGAGAAGUAAACAAUGGUUUGAUUAUCAUGAAUGAGUUUAUUGUUCCAUUUUUGCCCCUGCUACUGGUGGAUGAAAUGGAAGAGAAAGAUAUACUUGCUGUGGAAGAUAUGAGGAAUCGAUGGUGUUCAUACCUAGGACAAGAAAUGGAAUCAAACCUCCAAGAAAAGCUGACUGAUUUUCUGCCAAAACUGCUUGACUGUUCAACGGAGAUUAAAGGUUUCCAUGAGCCACCAAAGUUACCUUCCUAUUCCACACAUGAACUCUGUGAGCGCUUUGCCCGAAUCAUGUUGUCCCUCAGUCGAACUCCUGCUGAUGGAAGAUAAACUGCACACACACUUUCCCUAAACACACUGUAUAAACUUUUUUUUAGUUCUUAACCCUUGCCUUCCUGUCACAGGGUUUGCUUGUUGCUGCUAUAGUUUUUAACUUUUUUAAUUUUAAUAACUGCAAAAGACAAAAUGACUAUACAGACUUUAGCCAGACUGAAAAUAAUAAAGCUGAGAAUCGCAUGGCGCUCAGACUUUGUUUUAACCAGAACUGAUGUAUAAUUAUAAAUCUGAUUUUAUUAUGGCAAAACUAUGCUUUUGCCACCUUUCUGUUACAGUGUUACUUUGCUCUUAUCUUUUCUUUAUCAGCGGCUUUCCAUUCAGUCUGGAUCCUUCCAUGACGACAGUCAUUUUAAGUGUUCAGCACUUGUGUACGAUAUAUAAUAUUUGGUAGCUUGUAAAUGAAAUUAAAGAAUAAAGUUUUAUUUAUGGCUA